GACGGAGUCUCAGAACUCGAUGAUGCCGAUGUCGGCGACGGCGACGGCGACGACGACGGAGAACAUAUCGGCGACAUUGAGUCACGGAGGGAGGUGUAUUCAGUACAAUAUCUUCGGUAACAUCUUCGAAGUCACCGCCAAGUAUAAGCCUCCCAUUCUGCCGAUCGGCAAAGGCGCUUACGGCAUCGUUUGCUCGGCCUUGAAUUCGGAGACGAAUGAGCACGUGGCGUUGAAGAAGAUUGCGAAUGCGUUCGAUAACAAGAUCGAUGCGAAGAGAACUCUACGUGAGAUCAAGCUGCUUCGUCAUAUGGAUCAUGAAAAUCAUUAUAGUACAAUAUGUAUCCAGCACUUUCUGCACUAACUCUUGCCAUCUUCCAAGAAAUUGCUCCUUUGCCAGACUCCUCUUGGAUACAAAUUCGUUGGUAAUUUUUUUAUCUGAAUGUGCGCGCCGGAAAUGAAACUGUUGGGUUUAGCCUCACUUGGGCUCACAACUUAUUUAUAACGAGGGAUUUAGGAUUUCCUACUUUGGGUCAUUCUCGGCACAGAAACUCAAAGUAAUAUCCUCUCUCCCUCCCUGAAUGACUGUUUUUUCUCUCUUUUUUCUGAACCCCUUUUUCUCCCCCAGCUUCUCCUAUUUAUAGCUCUAAGUUAGUAGGGAGAUCAUGAUUACUGCCAUUGUUAGUGCAAUUGAAGGUCCAAUAUUAUCUGUUAUAAGUGGAUGUUUAGGUGAGAGUGGAAUGCAGCGAUUAUGGCUUUGGAACUUGGUUCCAACUCAGGUUAAUAUGCUCGGUAGUGAUGUUUCCUGAACUGCCGAGCAUCCUAUGGUACGUUCGGACAAGGUUUCAUUGUUUGUUUGGAAAAUCUAUGCCGAGCAUCUUUUAGGGGUUGAGGCUCAAAACUCGUAGUUUGUGAAGGUAGUUUCAAGCGGAGUUUAAAGUAAUGGGGUCGUGCCAUUGGGCUUGAACCCAGGGCUCAAUUGGGUCUUGGGACCUCGAUGCCGUACACUAAAUAUUUUAGAUCAACUUCUUAUUUGUUAUGGCAACUUGUUUAAAUUAUUUGAUCUAAAUAGUUGCAAGUUGUAUUAUGUUGUGAUAUAUCAUCUAUUAGUUGAGACGUCUUUUUGUGCAUGGUUGCUAGUUUUGUAUUGGUGUAGUUGGGAUGAUCAUGUAUCGUUGGAUACAUGUGUCUAUAUACUAUAUGGUAAGUUUUGUAUUGACUCUAUUAGUAUGUAUAGUCUAAACGUCUAAUCCAUAAGCAUGUAACUUUAUUUUGGGCCAGUGUAAAUUUCAGAGAUUAGGCCUAA